GAUAUAAGUAGUAUAAGGCCAUCUAUCGUGGAUUCCAUAUGACGGCAACUAUCCAGAAUUUUGGAGUUGGAUCACUGACUGGCCGGCACUCAAUCUUAAAGGCGAUUCUUUCGAACAGUAGACGUUUCGCCAUAAUGUCUCAGUCUUUAGACAAAGUGCCUGAUGUGGAUAUCGAUGGUCAUGGAAGAUUCAAAUAUAUUUUAAUUAAUGUGCAAGACGAAAGUAGCAAUGCAAGCAAGUCCAUUGUUAGGGGGUAUGCCAGGGCACAGUGGCACGCGGAUAUAUUCGACCGGACCACUGAACAGCUUCAACCGUAUCCUUCGUUGAGGGCCAAGUGUCUGGGUGGCGGAAGAAUCGAGCACGACCCCGACGAGAAGACCAUCAAAGUCUACGGAUACUCUCAGGGUUUCGGUAAAGCGGACCACGAGGUAUCAGUGAACCUGUUGAAGAAGAAAUACUCAGAUUACAAAAUCACUUGCUCGGACGAGGGGUAUUAAAAGAAGGAAGGAGAAGAAAACGUUUCUAUUCGCUGCCUAUACGUUUUCUGGUGUACAGGCAACAAAAAUAUUUUUAAUUGUAUUGAAUGACUGAAAUAAAACAUUUGUAAUAAUUAUGA